AUGACUGAGAACGUCAUUAUGAAAUCCCUGUUGUUGGCGGAAGCACAGUCAGGACAUGGAGCAGAUACCUGCCUGGGUCAGCGGGGGCGGGUUUCUCGGGAGGCUUCUGCAGGCAGCGUCCCCAGUGUCACCAACUUCCUGGCCGUGCGGUGCAGCGUGCUCUGCAGCGGUGACCCGCUUGACCGGGAGCUUGUUAACAACGUGGACUGCGAGCCCCUCUCCAGACCUGCCCGAUCAGAGCUGCGUGGGAACCAGACCCCGCCGCUCCUGUGCAGGCUGAGCCGGAGCAGGCUGGGGUCCACACCUGUGUUUUGGGGCGACAUUGCCUUAGAUGAUGAAGACUUGAAUAUCUUCCAGAUAGACAGGACGAUUGACCUUACACAGAACCCCUUUGGAAGCUUGGGACAUACCACAGGAGGACUUGGAGACCAUGGUAUGUCCAAGAAGCGAGGAGCCCUCUCCCGGCUUAUCGAUAGGAUAAGAAGAAUUGGCUCUGGCCUGGAGCACAACAGCACAGCCCAGGGAAAACCGUCUCUGCUGCCCUCAGUGCAGAGUGAGAAAAACCGGGUUCCCAGAGCCGCCACGUCCCGCACAGAGAGAGUGUGGCCCGGGGGCGUCAUCCCCUACGUCAUAGGCGGCAACUUCACUGGCAGCCAGCGAGCCAUGUUCAAGCAGGCCAUGAGACACUGGGAAAAGCACACGUGUGUGACCUUCAUGGAGAGGAGCGACGAGGAGAGUUACAUUGUGUUCACCUACAGGCCUUGUGGGUGCUGCUCCUACGUAGGCCGGCGGGGAAACGGACCUCAGGCCAUCUCUAUCGGCAAGAACUGUGACAAAUUUGGCAUCGUUGUGCACGAACUGGGCCACGUGAUAGGCUUCUGGCAUGAACACACGCGGCCGGACCGGGACAACCACGUGACCAUCAUCAGAGAAAACAUCCAGCCAGGUCAAGAGUACAACUUUCUGAAGAUGGAGCCUGGCGAGGUGAACUCCCUGGGCGAGAGAUACGACUUCGACAGCAUCAUGCACUACGCCAGGAACACCUUCUCAAGGGGGAUGUUUCUGGACACCAUCCUCCCCUCCCGCGAUGACAACGGCAUCCGCCCAGCCAUCGGCCAGCGGACGCGUUUAAGCAAAGGAGACAUUGCACAGGCAAGAAAGCUGUAUAGAUGUCCAGUGUGUGGAGAGACCCUGCAAGACUCCAACGGCAACCUCUCCUCUCCAGGGUUCCCCAACGGCUACCCCUCCUACACGCACUGCGUCUGGAGAGUCUCCGUGACCCCCGGGGAGAAGAUCGUGCUGAACUUCACCACCGUGGACCUGUACAAGAGCAGCCUGUGCUGGUACGACUACAUCGAAGUCAGGGACGGCUACUGGAGGAAGUCGCCCCUCCUCGGUAGAUUCUGUGGGGACAAAGUGCCUGAAGUUCUCACCUCUACAGACAGCAGAAUGUGGAUCGAGUUUCGCAGCAGCAGUAACUGGGUAGGAAAAGGCUUCGCAGCUGUCUACGAAGCCGUCUGCGGGGGUGAGAUCCGCAAACAGGAGGGGCAGAUCCAGUCUCCUAACUACCCCGAUGACUACCGCCCCAUGAAGGAGUGCGUGUGGAGGAUAACCGUGUCCGAGGGCUACCACGUGGGGCUGACCUUCCAGGCCUUUGAGAUUGAAAGACACGACAGCUGUGCCUACGACUACCUGGAAGUUCGAGACGGGGCCGGGGACAACAGCCCUUUGAUAGGGCGUUUCUGUGGCUAUGACAGACCUGGGGACAUAAGAUCCACCUCCAACACCUUGUGGAUGAAGUUUGUUUCCGACGGGACCGUGAACAAGGCGGGGUUUGCUGCUAACUUUUUCAAAGAGGAAGACGAGUGCGCCAAGCCGGACCGCGGGGGCUGUGAGCAGCACUGCCUGAACACGCUGGGCAGCUACCAGUGCGCCUGCGAGCCGGGCUACGAGCUGGGCCCCGACAGGAGGAGCUGCGAAGCUGCGUGUGGUGGGCUGCUCACCAAGCUCAACGGCACGGUCACCACGCCAGGCUGGCCCAAGGAGUACCCGCCCAACAAGAACUGCGUGUGGCAGGUGGUGGCCCCGGCCCAAUACCGCAUCUCUGUGAAGUUUGAGUUUUUUGAAUUGGAAGGCAAUGAAGUCUGCAAGUACGACUACGUGGAGAUCUGGAGCGGGCUCUCCUCCGAGGCGAAGCUGCACGGCAGGUUCUGCGGGGCCGACGUGCCCGAGGUGGUCACCUCGCAGUUCAACAACGUGAGGAUCGAGUUCAAGUCCGACAACACCGUGUCCAAGAAGGGCUUCAAAGCACAUUUCUUCUCAGACAAGGACGAGUGCUCCAAGGACAACGGCGGGUGUCAGCACGAGUGUGUCAACACCAUGGGAAGCUACGUGUGCCAGUGUCGCAAUGGAUUUGUGCUGCACGAAAACAGGCACGAUUGCAAGGAAGCUGAGUGUGAGCAGAGGAUCCACAGCCCCAGUGGCCUCAUCACCAGCCCCAACUGGCCGGACAAGUACCCGAGCAGGAAGGAGUGCACCUGGGACCUCAGCGCCACCCCUGGCCACCGCGUCAGACUGGCUUUUAGUGAGUUUGAGAUCGAGCAGCACCAGGAGUGCGCCUAUGACCACUUGGAAGUGUUUGAUGGAGAAACAGAGAAGUCGCCAAUUCUUGGACGGCUGUGCGGCAGCAAGAUCCCGGACCCUCUGGUGGCUUCCGGAAACAGAAUGUUUGUGCGGUUUGUUUCCGACGCCUCUGUUCAGAGAAAAGGCUUCCAAGCCACACAUUCCACAGAGUGUGGCGGCCGACUGAGGGCGGAGCCGAAGCCCAGGGACCUGUACUCCCACGCCCAGUUCGGCGACAACAACUACCCGGGACAGGCCGACUGCGAGUGGCUGCUGCUGUCGGAGCCGGGCGCCCGCCUGGCGCUGUCCUUCCAGACCUUCGAGGUGGAGGAGGAGGCCGACUGCGGCUACGACUACCUGCAGCUCUUCGACGGCCUCGACCCGACCGCCGUGGGGCUCGGUCGAUUCUGCGGCUCUGGGCCACCAGAAGAGAUCUAUUCCAUUGGGGAUGCAGUUUUAAUCCAUUUUCACACUGAUGACACAAUCAACAAGAAGGGAUUUCAUAUAAGAUACAAAAGCGUAAGAUAUCCAGAUACCACGCAUACCAAAAAAUAACACCAGGACCUCUGUGGGAACAUGAAGCAAUGUGCGUAAUGCAGAGAAGACAUAUUUUUUUUAGAAUGAAGGUGUCGGCACAAAUGUUUUGUCUAGUGGGUUUGAACACAAGACAAGUGCAAGGCCAGAAUUCUCUCUCCACGGAGAGGGGAGUUCCCAGCCCACCCUGGUCAGCGUCGCAGGGACAUGUGAGCGCCCUGCCUGACAGCGUUGGUGGUGCUGGUGAAAGCGUCACACGCUUCCGGAAGACGCAGCGAGCUUUGGUUCACAGCCUGGAAUGGAUGCCUCGCAAUUCAGACAGGGCAGUUUGGGAGCUGUGAUCCUGCAGAGGGAUCCUUUUGACAAUUUUUCAAGAUUUGGGGGCAGGAAAUGAUACUGCAGGUCAUAAGCUGGAAAGCCCUCUCCUUGUGUCCUGGGUAACUGCUCUGACUGCGUGUCUCAGACCCAGAGGGGGUUGAAACGGGAACCAUGGAGGGCGUUUUGUGCUUGGAACGUGUGCGUGUGUGUCUGGUGUUUGGAAACUGGAAUAUUUCAGCUUCGUUACUUUCACUUGCAGGCUGUUUAACCUCUCGGAAACACAAACGAUCUUGACACCACUUCUUUGUACUUACUUUGUGAUGAGUUUGAAAUGUCAAUAGUGUCUAUUUUUGCAGUUAAACUCUAGACGUCAUUUAUUUAAGUACUGGAAAAUGCCCGUUUAACUGGUGAGCUCAGUUCUUGCUGUGGAAGUGCUGUGUUUUCACACCCAGUCCAGGAAGCCCGUGAGGUCUCAUGGAGCCUACGAGGACGCUCCCAGGAGGUGAGGGCAGGAUUCUUCCGAACGACUGAUGGGUGGUUCUCACGCAUGUCACUGCUGCUGCUGUUAUCCUUGUGUUUUCCUCUGGUUGUUGAUCUGUUAUUAUUGUGGAUGUUGUCACAGUUAAUGUAUUUUUUAAAAAUGAAAUCAAGUGGAAGUAGACCUUGUGAAAAUUGAAAGAUCUCUCUCUUUUUUUCCCCCCGGGGAUUCAGUUUAAAAAAAAAUGCAAAGUUGGAAAAAAGAUUUGUGUCUGAAAGACUUCCUACGGUGCUAUUCCAUACACUUUUUUUUAAACAAGUUUUUGACCUUUGAGCCAACCACCUGUAGACAGUGAAUGUCUGCCAUGUCUGGCUGGCGGCACUUGAAACCUGGAGACCCGUUAAUGUAUCAAGAGUGUGUCAUUGCAGGAGCAGCACUUGUCCUGCGGAGCAGCCACUUACGAUGCCUUAGAACACUUGCACGGGGCCCAGCAAGUCCUGGAGACACCCGCUGGGAGGUGGAGCAUGACCGUGUGUGCUAAUUAACAGCCGGUGAGGAACACCCAUAUCCACGACUGAGACAUUGGAUACAAGUAUGGUGACCCGGUUUUGUUGUAGACAAUGUCAGUUCUGGAUGGAUUUUCUGCUUUCAAGGCUUGUGUACUUUUCAUGUUAAUGUGUGUAUGUGUGAGAUUGUCUGAGUGAGGGAGGCUGCAAGGGAUGAAAAAUAAUGAGUGGUUGAAAGUAGAAAUUCUGUGCCAGGUUCUGGUAGAAUCCCAUUCCAGACGGCACCUUCCUAGGUUUCAUGGACGAGUGAUGGGAACCUCUGCUUAUUAUCAGUCCCAUAAAGAAGGGUUCUUCCCUUUAAGGAAACUGUUUUGGUAUUUUUGGAUGUAGAUGCAGAUUCUGUUACCUGUCCAUGAACAUUCCACAUUUAAUAUAACUGGGUCUAGUCUUCGUUUUUACGAAAGUAAACUAUACAGACAGAUGUAGCUUAUUUGUUUCUUCUCUCAUUGUUGCUCUGAAAAAAUCUUUCCUUGCAUAUAAAUUGUGAAAUGUAAAUACAUUUUUAAAACCAAUGUUUUGAUCUUACUGAAUGUUACUUUGGAAAGUGUCACUGCUGCCUGCAACGUCCAUGAGCCUGUCCGUGAAGCUGUUGUAUUCCAGUAGCUUCUUCCAUAUGUUUCCACUAAUCUCCAAUGAGUCAAAAUGUGUCAGGAGUGAGGAAGUGAGGAGAAGAAACACAUGGACCCUGUCAUGGUCUGCGCCCCCCAGCCAUGUGCGAGGCGUGUGCAUGGGCUCUGUACCCUCCAGGCCAGCCUCAGCACUGUCACGAUGUUCUCAUGCCAUAGUUCAGGAACUGAGGCUCAGAGACGUUAUCUUAACUUCCCCAGGGUCACAGUUAGACAUUGAAACCCAGUUUGUCUGAUAGCAAAGUCUGUGCUUGUUCUACAGAACGUAGUAGAAUCAAUCUCAGAGUAUAUAAAUAGAUUUUUUUAUGAUGAAACUUUUCCACGUAAAGUCGAUUUUAGGGGUGACUUAACAGAAAAACCUUCAGGAUGAACAUUUUUUUUUUCCCCAGGAACAGCAUGAGAAUUAGAAUAACAAUGAUAGUUAUCUUUGAAAACCAGAAUUAGUACUAGAAACUAAAAAGCAAACUGUAGUUUGGAGUUACUGUGGGCCUUCUGUUAAAAUAAAUAUGUUAAAUUAUUUUCCCUGGUCUGGUCGGGCACUUGCAGUACCCUGUGCUGAGGAAGAUUCCGGAUGUCCCGAUUGCCAUCUGCUCAGGCCCCGGCGAGUGUGCCCAGCACCGCCGAGAAGUCAGGGAAGGUGUUUGCAGCACUCAGAGAUGUCGUGACUUAGGUCUUCGCCGUGAACAUUCACUUUUAUUGUAUCUCAUGUCAGAUAUCAGUUUACUGCAUAUUAUUUUUAUAUUAAUACAACAUUUGCCUUAAAUGUGUUGUUAAAUGAAAAUACAGACAGCUUCGUUGUUGUUUUGUUAAUAUUUGUUACUGUUCCACUUCAUUAAAUUAAGUUUGUAAAUUAUUUUCAACCCCUACAUCAAUAGAUUGGUUGUCUUUUUGUUUGCCGAAGUUCUAACUCUCAUCUUUCUCGCUGACUAUGCACAGAAAAUAACUGUUCUCACUUGAUUUUAUUAAAUUAUUUUUAAAAAUCAA